AUGCUCUGGUCUGCAAUGACCUGGGUACAACUGGAAGGGAGUGCAACAACACCAAUAAAAGUUAUGAACGCUCAAACCGAUUAUCAGAAUCAUAGAAAUUCAGUCCAUUCUUUGAAGAAAAAGCGUUGUUCGGGGAAGCCAACAAAGUUAUGUAAACAUUGUUUAAAAAGUUCUGGUGAAGGCUCACUUGGAAUAUUUCAACAAGUUGCUGAGAUCAUAAGAGCAUGUUUUGAGUUCAUCCUUCAGUUAUUAAUUGGUUCAAUAAAUUCUAUAGUCUCUUUAGUGUUUGAUGCUGUUACAGAUAUAAUCACAGGAUCAGUUUCUGCCACGGGGUCUAUGGCUGCUGAACUUGCAGAGAAAUUGAAGACUUCGUUUGAAGAAUCAUUGAAACAGGUGCCAGAACUAAUUGAGGAAGUGUUUGAUAUGAUGUCAAAUAUGGUCACUGAUUUGUGGAACAAUUAUAAGGAAGCUGUGGGGUAUGUUACAGGAAAUGUUUGA